AGCAUGCACUGGGGGGUUGGCUUUGCCUCGUCCAGGCCGUGCGUGGUGGAUCUGAGCUGGAACCAGAGCGUCUCCUUCUUCGGCUGGUGGGCCGGGUCCGAGGAGCCCUUCUCCUUUUAUGGGGACAUCAUCGCUUUCCCUUUGCAGGAUUACGGUGGGAUCAUGGCAGGGCUGGGCUCCGAUCCCUGGUGGAAGAAAACCCUUUACUUGACCGGGGGAGCUUUGCUGGCCGCAGCUGCGUAUCUGCUCCACGAACUCCUGGUCAUUAGGAAACAGCAAGAGAUUGACUCCAAAGAUGCUAUUAUUUUGCAUCAGUUUGCAAGACCUAACAAUGGUGUCCCGAGUUUAUCUCCUUUCUGUUUGAAGAUGGAAACUUAUUUAAGGAUGGCUGACUUACCCUAUCAGAACUAUUUUGGUGGAAAACUCUCUGCUCAAGGGAAAAUGCCUUGGAUUGAAUAUAAUCAUGAAAAAGUUUCUGGGACAGAAUUCAUAAUUGACUUUCUGGAAGAGAAACUUGGAGUGAAUUUAAACAAAAACCUCGGCCCUCAUGAAAGAGCCAUCUCCAGGGCGGUGACCAAGAUGGUGGAGGAGCAUUUCUACUGGACGUUAGCUUAUUGCCAGUGGGUGGACAAUCUCAAUGAGACCCGGAAGAUGCUCUCUCUUAGUGGUGGCGGUCCCUUCAGUAACCUGCUGAGGUGGCUCGUGUGCCACAUAACGAAAGGAAUUGUGAAGCGCGAGAUGCACGGCCAUGGCAUUGGCCGCUUCUCAGAGGAGGAGAUUUACAUGCUGAUGGAGAAGGACAUGCGGUCGUUAGCAGGGCUUCUGGGUGAUAAGAAGUACAUGAUGGGGCCCAAGCUUUCCACUCUUGACGCAACUGUCUUUGGACACUUGGCACAGGCAAUGUGGACCUUACCUGGGACCAGACCUGAGCGGCUGAUAAAAGGUGAGCUGAUCAAUCUUGCCAUGUACUGCGAGCGGAUAAGGAGGAAAUUCUGGCCUGAGUGGCAUCACGAUGAUGACAACACCAUCUAUGAGUCAGAGGAGAGCAGCGAAGGCAGCAAAACGCACACGCCCCUGCUGGAUUUCAGCUUUUACUCAAGGACAGAGACCUUUGAAGAUGAGGGAGCAGAGAACAGUUUUUCCAGAACCCCAGACACAGAUUUCACGGGACACUCGCUCUUUGAUUCUGACGUGGACAUGGAUGACUACACGGACCAUGAACAGUGCAAGUGACGUUCAGCCUCACUGACCCUCUUCUGUUGGAGCUGCCACUCUCUGGGGUCGGUCCUGUUUCCCAGGUAGAAAUCCAUCCGAGCUGGGAGGAGAUCUCUGUGCUUGGCACGGUUCUCACAAGCUAACUGGACUAGAGCAGCCUUAUUUCUUUUUUUGUACAAACAGAACACAGAACCAUUUCGAUGGCUCCAUUUAAAACAAACAGGCAAAAAAAAAAAAGUCAGCAUGGUUCCUGAAAUCCAUUUUUGUUUUCAUUAGAAAACUAGCAUUGUGUGGUGGAGCAGGUGCAAGGAGAGGUUGUCCACAGAUCGUGUGUACGCUGAUCCUCUUCAGCCCGAGGCCUCAGUUGCGAGGUGGAUUCUUGAACAUCUUUCAUCCAGCAGGGUUCGAAGUCAUGAGAGAUGCCGUCAGAAGAAAUGGAGGAGAUGGAUGUUCUCUGGGGGCUGCUUGUAUUUCACGUGUGCAUAUUGUAUGCUGAUAUAUAAGUCAAAUAAAAUCCAUAGAUAUUCAGUGAACACCUACUAUGUGCAAAAGCACUUGCUAGGUGCUAAUCAGUAUCAGUUUUAUUCUAAGCCCUGCCAGUGACGAGCUGUGUGAUUUUGGGCAAGUCCCUUAAUUCUUGUGUGCCUCAUUUCCCCCACCUGUAAAGUGGGGGUGACAAUAGUCUCCACCUACCUACCUCACAGGGGUGUUGUGAGGAUUCAUGUGGUAACAUUUGGCGCUUUGAACCUCUCGGAAGAGGUGUGACAUAAACACAUUUUAUUCUUUAAUGUGCUUCACGCGUGUGAGGAUUGGAGGGCCGAGGAAUUCCAUGUGCAGGCAACAGCAGCCACGGCCGAGCGGAUGAAACACACACCGAGGCACAGUGAGGACUCUGUCUCCAGCCUCUUUGCGGUCUUGCUUGAAUAGAAAUCUUUUGUUGAAAGAACCCUGGAAAUAUUUUUAUGGAUCAUCAACAGCUGCAAACGGUCUUCAGUUCUCCUGUAUAUUUGCAGAGAAGUCUUUCUUUCUUUCGUUGCCUGAAUGCACACUGGGACCUUGUCCUCUGUUGGCCCCGGAGUGUUAAGUUGACUAUGUUUUAUUUACUUGAAGGAAAUAAAGCUCAGGAAUAGGAUGGGUUUAACAGAGGUGACAGGGAAAGUGUUUUGACUGACUUUUGCCAGCAGAAGCUCGCCAACUUGUAAUGUCUUUUUUGAAAACAAACCUUGCAAGGUGUAUUGACAAGAUGAAGUAGGAAGAGGAUCAUGUGUUUGGUAUCAGAGCACUUCGGGCGGUGUAGCCUCUAUGCAGUUUUAUGAAUGCAACUUUUCUGGUGUUCUCAGCCAUUGUCCAGCGAGGGGAAGGCAACGCUGAGGAAAAUCUUAACGUUUCUUAAGGAUUCCCCUUCCCCUCCCCUCCCUGGACCUCUUCUGCCUCCCUGUAGUACCCCUGAACUUUUGGGGUGCCUUAUGGACGAAGGCACUCUAUCUCUGAAGAUACAGUUUUGGUUGACUUUGAAGAUCUUCCAGUGAAAUAUAGGGCGAAGACCCUGGGGUGAUGGCUGUGGAUUUGGGCUUCUGACCCCAGCUGACUGGGUAAGGGUUAUUCCUUGUGGGGUUAAAGAGGAACUCCUUAAAAGACAGCAACUUCUUCUGAGAAGUUCAUGUACUUUACUUGGAAAAGACUCUCUUUGAAUUUAAUUUUGGCAAAAACAAUCCUAAAAUUCUGUGGAUUCACAAAGAGAUAAAGGGGGAGCAUUUUUGAGGCUAGUUACUGUUAAGUAACUGGGAAGGGCAUCUGUAACUGGGAAGAAAUACUGAAAUACCCCAAGCUAGACAUUGUUAUUCCACAGAAGACUCAGUGGUUUAUCUUCUUGACACCCUUCAUUUUUGAGAGGACUGUUUGAUGCCUCAUGAGAAUGUGUUGGCGAGAAUGGAUAAGCCUGUUCUGUUUCCAGCAUCAUUUGGGACUGUUCACCUCUUCUCUCUCCAGCAAGUGUGUUCCAAGGCCAGCUGGUGGUCGUUCUGUGAAGACUAGGGCAACUCCUAGCCUGAAAAUGUGAAUGUGAUGGACAGGUAGACUGUGGACCUAUCUCCACGAAGACUGAGUUGCCCUUUCCCCUCCAUCAGCUGGAUAGAGUUGUGUUUGAAAUUUUGUCCAUAAUUUAUUCUUCCUGUAUAGCACCAAGAGUGAUGUAUCUUUAUGCCAAGGAUAAUUAAGUUAUGAGUAUGUAGAGCCACAUAUAUUUUUUACUGUGUGUUUCUUGGAGGGCAAGUCCAUCAACAUUAAAAGUGAAGUUGUAAAACCUC